AUGCGCGAGAACCCCGCGGACCCCGAGUGCUCCACCUACCGCAUCCUCAAGAUUGUCAGCUUCGAGAAGAACAGAGUCGAUGCUGCGACCAUCUUGAGCUGCGCCCGCGGGGAGGCCCACAAGAUCGACUACGGCAAAAACUUCAGGUCGGGCUCGAUUGCGUUCCAGUUUAUGUUGGAGAAGCUCGAGGGCAACCAGGUACGGUACUACACGAUCAAGCCGCAGCACGAGCGGAAGCAGCCGCUAGAGCAAGAUGAGCGCGCGCAGGGGUACGCGUUUAUCCGUGAGCACGGCCCUCGCAGUAGCAACAGGAACCAGUUCAUGGAGUGGGCCGACGCGGAGGUGAAUAGAGAGGGGUCGAAAGUUUUCGGUUGGCCAGCCGCCAAGGUGGAGACCGCUUUGCGCAAUCAUCAGAAAGGGAGGACAAACGCCAAGCCGAUUACGCGAUGGAGUUUGACGGUGAAGGAUUUCGCUGGCUGGUUCCUCAACGGCGUCCUCAAGUUCAUGAUUGGCACCCUCCAUUUGCACGGGGUCUUGUGGAUCGGGAAGUCCAGGGUCGGCAAGAGCAACGGCUCCAAGACUUUGGCCUGGACGCACUCGGCGUACAGCAUCCAGAAGAAGGGGUCCGCCGACGACAUCGCCUUCCUCACUGUCAAGCAUAUGGAUCUCUUCAAGGGAGAGCCGACGACGGACGUCCUUCCUGGGAUUUUCGACGACGGCCUCCUGCAGAAGGUAUCGGCUGACGUCCUCAAGGCUUUCCUCAACCCCAAAGAGGAGGACGCCCUGCUGUGGGCUCGGUGGGGCGGCUGCGGUUUCGAGCAAGGGUCGUGCAGGCAAGCCGUUGCUAACCCUUACGACCGCGACGCGGAGAGGGCGGCGCUGGAUGCCGCGACGCGCGAUAAGUACGACUUGGACCGCUUCAAGAAUAUCGUCGCCCCGUCGCUCGAGGAGGUGAAGACCGAGGAGGACUUCAAUGCCAUCCUCGCCAGGUCGCACUUCCGUGAUCUGGAGGACGGCGCCGAGUUCAUGCCGUGGCCCAACCCCGGAGCCCCCGACCUCUUCGCCAGCGAGGUGCGGGACACGUCGUCGCCAGCUGUCCGCCCGCUCCCUUCAGACUAUGCCGACAAGAUGGAAUGGUCUAUCGGCUACAUGAGCAGUCUGGUGGAGGGCCGUGACGUGCCCACGGUUGCGACGGUCCGCGUUGCCCCGAUGUUUGGUGAUGACCCUGGACGCGCGGUUUCCGUUGUCGGCAGCAUUUCGGGGUUCGUCGAGCCAGGCGCGGCUGCAAGCGCAUCGUCCGCCCCCGCGGCCGCUUCGGCGUCUCGUUCCGAUGGCGCGGCAGACGCAGCAGCCGCGGCCGCUUCGGCGUCUCGCCCCGACGACGCGGCAGACGCACCAUAUGAGGACGACGUGUUCGGUCUCGGCGGCGGCAUGGAUGGGCCAGAGGAGAGCGCCCCCGCCGCAAGCGCCGCGCAGCCUGACAUCGUGGGACGUUGCGGGGAACUGACGAAGGAGGACCAGGACGAGCAGAUCGCCAUUUUCAAGAGCCUCGCCAGGGCGCACCACGGCGCCUUCGAGGACUUGUGCUCGCCUCCGCCAGUGAAGAGGGCGAAGGGGCUCAUGGUGGGAUGCGGAGGUCCGCUGUCGGGAGAGGACGCCGCGGAGCAAGAGGCGAUAUUCGCCUCCAUCGUCGCCUCGGCCCACGGGGAGACGAUCGCCGUCGACGACGACGACGACAACGACGGCACCCUGGAGGCCGAGCUCGGGCGCCUGAUUGAACAGGGCGAUCAGGCUUCGGGGCCGGCGGCAGCGCCCCCCAGCGAUACCGAGUGA